CAUGGCGGAAGUGAGGAGACGUCAGCGUGCUCGAGUUAAAGGAGAAGUUCGUGGCAGCGGUAUCUCUCACAAGCAUGAGGGCUCCGCGAUGGCGGCGGAGACGCUCACGGUGUUUCUAAAGCUCUUCGCUGCGGGAUUUUACGGGCUGAGUUCGUUUUUAAUCGUGGUGGUGAACAAAAGCGUCCUGACGAAGUACAGCUUUCCUUCAUCAAUAUGUGUGGGAAUCGGUCAGAUGCUGGCCACGGUGCUCGUGCUGUGGAUGGCGAAGGCAGUGCGAAUAAUCACCUUUCCAGAUUUUGACAAAAACAUACCUCGCAAGACAUUUCCUCUACCUCUUCUUUAUGUAGGGAAUCAAAUAACAGGGCUGUUUGGGACAAAAAGGCUGAAUUUGCCCAUGUUUACUGUCCUGAGGAGGUUCUCCAUUCUCUUUACUAUGUUGGCUGAGGGGUUCCUUUUGAAAAAGAAAUUCUCUCGACCAGUCCAGCUUACAGUGUUUGCUAUGAUUUUAGGAGCUUUCGUUGCGGCCAGCACUGAUUUAGCCUUUGACCUUCAAGGCUAUGUGUUCAUUCUCUUAAAUGAUGUCCUCACUGCCAUCAACGGGGCAUAUGUGAAACAGAAGCUUGACUCCAAGGAGCUGGGAAAGUAUGGUCUGCUAUAUUAUAACGCUUUAUUUAUGCUAGCCCCAACAGUGGUUUUUGCUCACUUCACUGGAGAGCUACAGAAGGCUGUGGAGUUUGAUGGCUGGUCAGAUAUUUUAUUUGUCAGCCAGUUUAUUCUUUCUUGUGUCAUGGGGUUCAUUUUAAUGUAUUCCAUAGUUCUUUGUACCCAGUACAACUCUGCUCUCACAACUACUAUUGUGGGCUGUGUAAAAAACAUUUUAGUAACGUACAUUGGGAUGGUCUUCGGUGGAGAUUACGUUUUCACAUGGACCAACUUCCUGGGCUUGAACAUCAGCAUCGCAGGCAGCCUGGUGUACUCGUACAUCACCUUCACAGAGGAGCAAUCAAGUAAGCAGAGUGAAGGUGCUGGCAAGCUGGAGCUGAAAGGGAAGAUAGCUGUAUGACAGGGCUGCGGCCAAACCGUUUGUGCUUUCGAGCACAUGGAAAGAUGCCAAACCAAAAGAGAGGACUCCUUAGAACAUGAGGAUGCAGCUUGGCCUGCAGCAGUUGCGCUUCUUGUCAAUGUAAAGGAAUGCGUUUUGGGUCAUUCCUGAGUUUUAUUUACUUUUUUUUUUUUUUUUUUUUUUAUAUAUAGGGCAUUUUGGGGACCAGGUCAUGUUUGCAACAUGGAAGAAAUGUUUUUUUUAAUUCUUAUUUUUUAAAUUUGUACAGUUAGUAUUUAAGUGGAAGAGUUAUAGAAAUGUGUUAUUUCAUAUACAGGUCAAUUAAUUGUAUGGCUGUGCUGGAUCAAGGGUUUUCAACGUGUCUGAUUUUCUCAGCAGCAGAAAAUAGUAACCCGCCCCAACAUAUCAGAAAGAGCGUUUCCUGAAAACCUGAAUGGUCUGAAGGAAUAUGUGAGACAUUGAAGUGUGUUUGUGAGAGAUUGAGGGACAGAAUGCAUGCACGAUAAUUGCAGUAUUUUGACAUUUAUAUUAAGUACAGCACAACUUUAUCCACCACACUUUUUUUUGUUUGUUUAUAGCUUGUGGUCAUGUAUGUGUCUAACAGAGUACUAACAGCUAGUAAAUGCACUUUUGCCAUCCACACUGAGUAGGGUUUAAACUGCAGUAUGUUCAAAAUGUUUACAUUUUUUUCCCAACAGAAAUGCCUUAAUGGAGAGCGCCACCUGGCGGUGGAAAUUGCUAUAAGACUUCCUCCUGUUCAUGAAGGGUCUUUGUAAACGAUGGGAUAAUGUACAUCCAGAACUGGCUGCUUUAUGAAUGUAGGUAAUGUAAAAUGAACAAAUAGACUUGUGAUGACACUGUUGUAUGAUUUUGUGAAAUUAUUCUGUAGCAAGACUUAAAUGUUUUGCAGUACAUGGCGUACCUUCUGAAAAAUAUCUAAACUCCAUUGAGUCAGAUCGAAUUCAGUAAAAAAAUUUUUUGUUGCUGCUGCUGAAAGCAUAUGUACUGAAAUUUUAAUCA